AUGGAGAAGCUGUUGCUGUGUUUCCUGACCUUCCUUAGCCUCUCCAUUGCUUUUUCAGAGACAGACAUGAGCAAAAUGGCCUUUGUGUUCCCCAAAGAGUCAGAUGAUUCCUUUGCAAAGUUGAUAUCACUGAGAAAGCAGCCACUCGAGGCCUUCACUCUGUGCCUCUGUGUCUACAGUGACCUGCCCCGUGGAUAUAGCAUCUUCUCCUAUAACACAAGAACACAAGACAAUGAGAUCCUUCUCUUCAAGGACAAGCCAGGAGAAUACAGCUUAUCUGUGGGUGGGACUGAAGUAGUUUUCCAGCAUCCUGAUACAUUUGCACCAUUGCAUUUGUGUGUGACUUGGGAGUCGGUCUCAGGAAUUGUUGAGUUCUGGGUGAAUGGGAAGCCCAAGGUGAGGAAGAGUCUGAAGAAGGGAUACAUUGUGGGAUCAGAGGCAAGCAUUGUCCUAGGGCACGAGCAGGAUUCCUCUGGUGGAAGCUUUGAUAUAAAGCAGUGUUUGGUGGGAGACAUUGGAGAUGUGAACAUGUGGGACUUAGUAUUGUCACCAGGAGAGAUUAACAGUGUCUAUCGUGGUAAUAGCUUCAGUCCUAAUGUGCUAAACUGGCAUGCUCUGAGGUAUGAAGUACAUGGUGAAGUGUUCACCAAGCCCCAGCUGUGGUCCUGAGGCCCUGCCGUGGGCCCUGAAGGUGCCUCCUGGAGAUUGACACCUAUCAUUUCCCUUGUCUUGGGCUCUGGUGUCUUUUUGUCCCAUAUCCAUGGCUCUUAUGCCUGGGGGAACUGUAUUUAACCUCUCUCUUCUCCACUCUGUUUUCAUCAGCAUGAGGUACAGUGCAAAGCAGAGGGUCUCAAUCAUGGGUAAUUAAAUCAAAUUCUCUGGGGGGUGGGACCCAAGAAUCAGCACUUUGUAAAGCUCUCCAAGUGAUUCCUAUGCUCAGCCGAGGCUGAGAAGCAUUGUAUUUAAGCAUCUGUUUAAGAAUAAGUGAGCAAACUUUUUUUCUCCCGAAAGAUUGCAUGAGUUUAGCUGUAAUCCUGCCAACG